CCGCAAGUGAGACCGUUUUGUCCGGGAAAUCCAAUCUUUUUUCCGCCAGCAGCCAAAGGACCAAACUGGAAAGAGGAAAAAGAGAGAAAGGUGCAGCCUUUGAUGCGUAGUUGAGUUGAGAUGGUGGCAAUUAUCCUGACAGAAGCUUUAUUUGGAGCUUCUUCUUCUUGUACUGAUUUCAAUGGAGUUUUUGGUUCAAAUUACCUCCGUUGCCCUUGUUUUUCAUCAAGAUUUUCACUUUCUGAGACAUCCUUUUCGGAAAUUUCUCUGGGAAACAAAAGGGUGAAGAAGCAGAAGAGAAUUCUAGGUGUUGGCAUAAUUUCUUGUAGCUUAGGUAACGGGAUAAUUGAUAAAGAAGAGCUUGAAUUCAAGCCUUCAUUUGAUGAGUAUCUGAAAGCCAUGGAGUCUUUAAAAGAAAAGAAAAAGAGUGAUAGUGUUAUUAGAAGAAAGACAGGUGAAGAAGAAAAGGGUAAAUUUGGAAAGUUUGAGAAGAAGAAAUGUGUGGAAAGUUCUGAUAUUGUGAAGAAACAUGAAGGAGUUGGAGCUGUGAAAGAGAAGGGUAAUGGUGGGAAAUUGGAAUUUAGAAAGGUGAUGAUUCAGAAAAGAGAGAGCAUAAGUAAUGCAAAGCAUGUUGAUGAGAUGGACAGAGCUGCUUUUAAGUCAAUGGAUGAUGAUGCUUAUGAUAAGCCAAGAGUUACUAAGGCAGACAUGGAACAGAGAAUCCAAAGGCUUGCAAAGUGUCUAAAUGGUGCAGACAUUGACAUGCCUGAGUGGAUGUUCUCUAAAAUGAUGCGAAGUGCUCAGAUUAGAUUCUCUGAUCAUUCUAUCUUGAGGAUUAUCCAAAUAUUGGGCAGAUUGGGAAAUUGGAGACGAGUGCUGCAAGUCAUUGAGUGGCUUCAUUCGCGUGAACGCUUCAAGUCACACAAGUUAAGAUAUAUUUACACGGCUGCACUGGAUGCAUUGGGAAAGGCUAGGAGGCCAGUUGAAGCGCUAAACUUGUUUCGUGCAAUGCAGGAACACAUAUCAUCGUAUCCCGACCUUGUGGCUUACCAUUGUAUUGCUGUCACUCUUGGACAAGCAGGACAUAUGAAGGAACUCUUUGACGUCAUCGAUACCAUGCAAUCACCACCCAGAAAGAAAUUCAAGACUAAUAUUAUUGAGAAGUUUGAUCCACGACUUGAGCCGGAUGUUGUCAUCUAUAAUGCUGUUCUAAAUGCCUGUGCUCGCCGUAAAAGCUGGGAGGGUGCGUUUUGGGUGCUACAACAGCUAAAGCUCCGGGACCAGCAGCCUUCAGUAACAACAUAUGGAUUAGUCAUGGAGGUUAUGUUCGAAUGUGGCAAAUACAAUUUGGUGCAUGACUUUUUCAAGAAAAUGCAGAAGUCAUGUAUUCCCAAUGCUUUAACCUAUAAAGUUCUUGUGAGUACUCUUUGGAAGGAAGGAAAAACAGAUGAGGCCAUACUGGCUGUAGAAGAUAUGGAAAGACGAGGAAUCGUGGGCACUGCCAGUUUGUAUUAUGACCUUGCUCGUUGCCUUUGUAGUGCGGGGAGGUGUGAAGAGGCGCUGAUGCAAAUGGAAAAAAUAUGCAAAGUUGCUACCAAGCCUCUAGUGGUGACUUAUACUGGUCUACUUCAAGCUUGUGUGGACUCUGGUGACGUUCAGAGUGGAGCAUACAUCUUUAACCAAAUGAACCAGUUUUGCUCCCCAAAUUUGGUAACUUACAAUAUAAUGCUAAAAGCUUAUCUGGAUAAUGGGAUGUUUGAAGAAGCAAGGCAGUUAUUUUUCAAGUUAUUGGAUAACGGUAACCGUAUUAGCAGUAAAUUGGACAGUAAGGAUAAGGUUUUACCAGAUGUCUACACAUUCAACUUAAUGUUGGAUGCAUAUGCUGCUGAGAAGAAGUGGGAUGAUCUCGAGUUUACCUACUCACGUAUGCUGAAAUAUGGAUAUCACUUCAAUCCAAAACGUCACAUUCAGAUGGUACUCGACUCCUGCACUGCUGGAAAGGUGGAAUUAUUAGAAGCAACUUGGAAGGACUUGGCUCGGGCUGAUCGGGUUCCACCAGUGCCACUAGUCAAAGAAAUGUUCCGCCUGCAGCUGGAGAGAGGCGAUUUUUCCGCUGCCCUGGCUUGUGUUGCUGAUUAUCCUUCCUCUGAAUCACAGGCGUUUUCUGCCAAGUUUUGGAUGAAAUUUUUCGUGGAAAAUUCUGAUAGAUUAUCUGAUGGUACUCUUUUCAGAUUGCUACAAGAGGUGAGCCCUGUCAUUGUCAGAAACGACAGCAGAAUACUUAACAAUCUGUUGGCUUCUUGUAAAGAAUUUUUGAGAACUCGAUCAGCAAAACUUGACAGAGUUCAUAGCGAAACAGCUCUAGUUUGUUAAUUUCUUACCCCGAAACAUAAAAAGAAAAAUCAUCUUAUGCUGUAUAAUCUGUUCUUGAUAUACAAACUCGUUGACCUAGCCAGUUUAGCAAAUGUUAUUUACAUAA